CAGUUGGCAGCCCUAUGAUGACUAUGGGUACAAGACCAUCAUUUAUACCACACCAAUUACAAAUGCGUAAUAACCCGUCUACAGCAGUCCCUCCACUUCCCAUGCCUCCUGGUCUGCCACAUAUGAUGUCACCUCCUGGUGUACCUGGUCUGCCAAUGACCUUAUCACAAAUGCCACCACUGCCACAACCAGUUCAACAAGUAUCAGCUGUCAUUUCAAAACCACCCACAGUAUACUCCGCACCCCCUGUCAGAUUUACCAAGACAACAGAGCAUCUAGAGAACACAACAAGGUCAGAUUCUCCGAUUUUGUCCCAAGAUACAUUUCAGAUUAAUACUGAUGUAGCUACCAAUGAGAGCAGCCAGUCUUUACAAGGCCCUUACCUACCCAUGCCUGUACAGACUACUGACAAUAUUAAAGAUGACAAAACAAAAGAUAAACCUGAAAAAAGAAAAAAGAAAUUUGUUAGGACAGCGGCAGGCACUGUAUGGGAAGAUGAGAGUCUAGUUGACUGGGAUCCAAAUGAUUUUAGAAUAUUCUGUGGUGAUUUGGGAAAUGAAGUAACCGAUGAACUAUUGACCAGAGUUUUUGGUAAAUACCCUUCAUUUUUAAAAGCAAAGGUAGUUCGAGAUAAGAGAACAAAUAAAACUAAAGGUUUUGGUUUUGUUAGCUUUAGAGAUCCAAAUGAUUUUGUAGCAGCUAUGCGGGAAAUGAAUGGUAAAUAUGUUGGUAACAGACCAAUUAAACUCCGAAAAAGUUCGUGGAGGGACAGAAAUAUUGAAAUGGUGAAGAAAAAACAGAAAGAAAAAGAGAGAUUGGGACUAAGAUAAUGCUUUCUUUAUGUCAAGUCAAUAUACAUAAAUUAUUUGAAUGAUAUUGUUUUGAGACUCAAAUUAGAAAACAAGAACUAUUCAUUUGGAACUUGUACGUUUUCUGAUGGAGAAGGUAAUGUGACUUCUAAUAUCACUAAUGUAAUGCUACUAAAUUUAUAUUUUCUGAUGUAUCUCACUAAAUAAUUGAAAUGCUAUGAAUUCAUAGCCACAUACAACCAACAACUUUUUGACAAUCUUUAAGUUGUCAUGUGAAGAAUCAUGUCUAAAUAACAUGAUUAUUUAUGUACUUUGAUUUUAAAAGAAAUACAGCAGUGCUCCACCAAGAAAACAUCACCAGUGUUUGAAGUCUCUCAAAAUUGUUGACACAGAGGCAGGUACAUGUAACUCCGAUCUUACCCUGCCAGAAUGUUAAAUAGCUUUUAUUCUGAUUUCUUUCGACCUUGGGAAAAUAUUAACAAGUUUUAAA